AUGUCGGGGAAAAUGACAUUGUACAAAUUGGUGGUGCUAGGGGAUGGUGGUGUCGGAAAGACAGCCCUCACAAUUCAGCUCUGUCUAAACCAUUUCGUUGAAACCUACGAUCCGACCAUCGAAGACUCGUAUCGUAAACAAGUCGUGAUUGAUCAACAGUCGUGCAUGUUGGAAGUACUGGACACAGCAGGUCAGGAGGAAUAUACUGCGCUGAGAGACCAAUGGAUCCGUGACGGCGAAGGGUUCGUCCUCGUUUACAGCAUCACCUCGAGAGCUUCGUUCUCCCGCAUACAGAAGUUUUACAAUCAGAUCAAGAUGGUCAAGGAAUCGGCCAACUCCGGCUCGCCCUCGGGGGCCAGUUAUCUGGGAUCCCCGAUUCACACGCCUUCGGGCCCCCCGCUUCCGGUGCCGGUCAUGCUGGUUGGUAACAAAAGCGACAAGGCCGUUGAGCGCGCCGUUUCGGCUCAGGAGGGACAGGCGCUCGCCAAGGAUCUUGGUUGUGAAUUCGUCGAGGCUUCCGCAAAGAACUGCAUUAACGUGGAGAAGGCCUUUUAUGACGUGGUCCGCAUGUUGCGACAGCAGCGUCAGCAACAGCAAGGGCGAUCUCAGGAUCGACGCACGACCGGUUUGGGUGCCGGGCGUGAUCCUGGUCCCGAAUAUCCCAGAUCGUUCCGGCCCGACCGUACAGGAAGCCAUCGCCGCCCGUUCAAGUGCACGAUUCUGUGA